ACACUGCCUAUCUCUAUAUUAGUCUGUACUCAAACUUUGUGCAGUCGGGGUGAGGGUAAGGUUACAGUAUGGUACUUGAUGUACUUUCACACCGACUGUUCAGGUGCAGUGGACCCUCUCUGGCCUCGGACGUCAUUUCCUUUUGAGUGUGUCUGCGGGGCUGCUGUACUGUCUGCCUGGGACGGAGGGCUUCCACGCGAAGCAGCAGCAGGCGACUAUCCACAUUAAACCUAUGAAGAGGCGCUUUUAUAUGCCCAGGAUUUGACAUUUAUUUCUAGUCGUAUUCAGCAUAUUUAUCCAUCUAGUAGGAGCUCAGAGGACUUUAUUCUCUCUCGCUGGUUCGCCCGUGCUUCAGUCAACCACUGCAGCAGCAGCAACAAACCGAGCACGCCGCCGCCGCUGUUGUUGUGAGAGGAGAAAACAAGCUCAGCGAGCAGUCCGCUAAAGCUGUGUGAUCAUUGACAGAGUUCAGUACACACACGCUUCAAGUGAUAACUGGUGGGGUCUUUGUGACGGCGCACCUCUGAGCCUCUUCAAGGACUUAUAGCUGCAGGAUAUUUUUUUUAGUCGCUGAAGCCGAGGCAUUAUAUUGUACAUGUAUUUUAUCUGAGCCACUGUAAGGCACUUGACCAGUAGAAGCAGUUUGCACGAUUUCCACCAGCUUGUUUGCAGCCCCCUCCCCAACCCAGACAGUCCUCUGCCCCAGCAUGAAUGAAGUCAGUGUUGUGAGAGAAGGAUGGCUCCACAAGAGAGGUGAAUACAUCAAAACAUGGAGGCCUCGUUACUUCAUCUUAAAGAGCGACGGCUCCUUUAUCGGCUACAAAGAGAAACCCGAGGUGUCCAGUGAUCACAGCCUCCCGCCACUCAACAACUUCUCCGUCGCAGAAUGCCAGUUGAUGAAGACUGAGCGCCCCAGGCCCAACACAUUCGUCAUUCGUUGCCUGCAGUGGACCUCGGUUAUCGAGCGCACCUUCCACGUAGACAGUAAUGAUGAGAGGGAGGAAUGGAUGCGAUCGAUCCAGGCUGUGGCGAAUAGCCUGAAGAGUCAGCAUCAGGAUGAGGAGCCCAUGGAGAUCAAAUUUGGCUCACCGAGUGACAGCAGCGGCACAGAGGAGAUGGAGAUUGCUGUGUCCAAAUCCCGCACAAAAGUGACCAUGAGUGAUUUUGACUACCUGAAGCUGCUGGGCAAAGGGACAUUUGGUAAAGUGAUCCUGGUGAAAGAGAAGGCCACAGGGAUGUACUAUGCCAUGAAAAUCCUCCGCAAAGAAGUCAUCAUUGCUAAAGAUGAGGUGGCACACACAGUUACAGAGAGCAGAGUUCUCCAAAAUACGCGGCAUCCCUUUCUAACGACACUAAAAUACGCAUUUCAAACACAUGACCGGCUAUGCUUUGUGAUGGAGUAUGCAAAUGGUGGAGAACUCUUCUUUCAUUUAUCCCGGGACCGAGUGUUCACAGAAGAAAGGGCGCGAUUCUACGGUGCAGAAAUAGUGUCAGCACUGGAGUACCUACACUCACGCAAUGUAGUUUACAGGGAUUUAAAGCUGGAAAACCUCAUGUUAGACAAAGAUGGCCAUAUAAAGAUAACAGACUUUGGGUUGUGUAAAGAAGGGAUCACAGACGGCGCCACCAUGAAAACCUUCUGUGGGACUCCAGAGUACCUGGCACCUGAGGUACUAGAAGACAAUGACUACGGACGAGCGGUGGACUGGUGGGGCCUGGGCGUGGUCAUGUACGAGAUGAUGUGCGGACGGUUGCCAUUCUACAACCAGGACCACGAGCGUCUCUUUGAGCUCAUCCUCAUGGAGGAGAUCCGCUUCCCCAAGAACCUGGCUCCUGAGGCCAAGGCCCUGCUGGCCGGCCUGCUCAAAAAGGAUCCCAAACAAAGGCUCGGAGGCGGACCAGACGAUGCCAAAGAAGUAAUGAGCCACAAGUUCUUCACCUCCAUCAACUGGCAGGAUGUCAUUGAAAAAAAGCUUAUUCCACCCUUCAAGCCCCAGGUAACAUCAGAGACAGACACGCGUUACUUCGAUGAUGAGUUCACAGCACAAACCAUUACUAUAACUCCUCCAGACAAGUAUGACAGUUUAGACCCAGAGGAUUCGGAUCAGCGAACGCACUUCCCUCAGUUCUCAUACUCAGCCAGCGUACGGGAAUGAUCAUUCAAGACUUUUGAACAAGCAGGCAGGCUAACACACGAUCCCUAUCCCACAUACACACUUGCACUGCUGGGGAAUUUCGAAUGACACAAACGGAAAACUGGCACAAGACACACAUUUUUCAUUUUGGUCUUGAACUCACUCACACACACAUACACACACACAGACACGCACGCGCACACACACACACACACACACCCACCCACACACACACACACACACACAUACAUAUACAUAUACUGGCAAAUCAGACAAGCCAUGGAUCAUAGAGUAUGAAACGAACACACAGGCCGCAAAUGACUGACCUCAGCAGGUUUGUGUGGACAGACUGGCAGCUUUGUCUCUGUACGUCCUCUCGGGUUCGCUUCAGGCUUCCCUGCAGGACCUCUGCUGCACUACACUGGGCACCACAUCAAAGCCUUGACACUUUGAAAACCAGGUUAUGCCAGCAAGUACCACCUCUUUACCAGCUGUACCCAUGCUACACACACAGUUGCAUACAAAACCCACCCGUGCAUAGACUGCAUAUAUAUAAAAACUUACUUGAUAGAAUUAAAAAAAAAAAAAAAGUAUAAUCACAAUUAGGAAAUGGAAAAGAUUUGUGUUGGGGGGCGGGCAAAUUUUUAUUUCAUCGAUUGUUACGGUUUUAAAUGUAAAGCCAUAUUUCUGCAUUUUUUUUCUGUUUUUUUGUUGUUGUUGUUUUCCAUUUUCUUUUUUUUUUAACAAGUGCUCUUUCUGGAAUUUGCUGUUACAAAUCAAGUGUGGGACCGCUCCUACAGUUGGGGGGGAAAUGGGGAGGAGGGUUGCCAUUUCUGUGUUUGCACUGCGUGUGUGUGUGUGUGUGUGUGUGUGUGUGUGUGUGUGUGUGUGUGUGUGUGUGUGUGUGUGUGUGUGUGUGUGUGUGUGUGUGUGUGUGUGUGUACGCGAAUGGACGAGUGGAUGUUUUGAAUGUAUGCAAGAGUGAAUAUGAGUGCAAGAGAAUGUAUGAACAACCUUCUUUUUUUUUUUUUAAUUCUCAACCAUCCAUUUGUGUCUGUUUUUGAUGCAUGUUUUUAAGAACUCUGAACUAUUGCUGGAAUAUCGACAAGAGAGGACACUACACGGCACACUCAAUGGCCUUCUUUAAAGGGAACAAGCAUGUAAUUUAUGGUGAGCUGCUCAGUGCUAAAUUGACUCAGUCAGGAUUAGAAACUGGGAUGUCUUGCAUGGCUUACCUUUGCUUUAAAACGCUGCAUUAAUUGAACUCAAAGUGAUGCAGCGAGUCCAAGUUGCUGUGUCCUGCAUCAUACACAGUAAAGUGUUUCUGACUGACAGACCAACAAACUUUUUCAUUAAGGCCAGUUGCCCAGCGUGUUAAAGACAGUAAGAAUGGAAGGAAGGGGGAGAAUAGAGACUAUACACUUGACCACAGCCUUUUUCUCCAGCCCGUUUACAGAGACCACUGUAGACAAACGUAGCCAUUCGCUGUCCUCAAUCCAGUAAUUGUCACUCCCUAGCUAAAGGGUUAGGCACCAAUAUUUUGUUUGUUUUUUUCUAUUCGUAAUAUCAGUGUAAGUUUUUAAAAUAUUUUUUAAAAUAAGCUUUUGAAUGUUCCCAUAUGAGAAAAAAAGAAGUUAAAUCGUUGUUAUUAUGAGGCCAAAAAAUUGACUGACUUGGUUGACGUUUAACACUUCAAAUGAUUCCACAUUUGCUGUUUUAGAGUAAUUGGUUUGUUUUUUGUUUUGUUUGUUUUUAUGAGGCUGUGCACUUAAAUCUAUGUAGUUGUAUACCUGCAGGUUUACAAUCCAACUAAACAACACGUGAGCUGGUCGACCAACCUUCAACAGAAAAGAAGGAACUAAUCAAUAUCGGCUGAUGUAUUGUUUAGUUGAAAUUUAAAAAAAAACCCUGCAUACUUUGAGUCCGACGCUCUGGACAGCAUAUUAAAAAGUGCUCAUAUUGACGCAGGCCUAUUAUAUUCCACAUUGCUGGAAGAGAUGUUGGUUGCUCUUUGAGCUUCACUAAAGGAACAUCAAAACCUUUUUGGUUGUCAUUGUUUUGUUUUUGUUUGUUGAUUUUUUUCCUCCUCUUUUUGUCCAUCUAUUUCUCAAAAUUUGGAAGACAUAUUGUCUUGUUAAGUAUACAUUAUAUAAAAUAUAUAUAUUAAAAGUUUUUAAACUG